AUGGAAAUUAAUGUGGAGAAAGACAAACAGACAGGAGAGACCAAGAUUGUCUCUGCUUCACCUGUUGGCCCAGAUGAGGCCCAUCAAAGAGGAUUCAAAGUCUAUGAUGAUGGUACCAAGGUAGUCUAUGAGGUUCACUCUGGUGGCACAGUGGUAGAAAACGGAGUACAUAAAUUAAGCUCAAAGGACGUAGAUGAACUUAUGCAAAAAGCUGGACAAUCAAAUGUAAAAGGAGGGUAUGAAAUAAUGACUGUGUCAGACAGAAAUGCAGUAGCUGAUGGAAACCUUAGCCAUAUGAAGGAGCAAAUGCUCUUCAAGGAGGCAAAGCUGGAAAUGGUACACAAACCAAACAAAGGGCAUGCUGUGAAUUCCCAGCCCCAAGACAAACCCCGUGGUGGUGAAGUUCCAGAGGCCAGUGCAGAUCAACCAGUGACAAUGAUAUUUAUGGGCUACCAGAGCAUUGACGAUGAAGAGGAGACGAAAAAAGUGCUGGGCUAUGAUGAAACCAUCAAAGCAGAGUUGGUUCUGAUCGAUGAAGACGAUGAGAAGUCUUUGAGAGAGAAGACAGUGACAGACAUCUCCACCAUGGACGGGAACGCCGCUGAGCUGGUCUCUGGCAGGCCCCUGUCAGACACAACAGAGCCCUCCUCUCCUGAGGGGAAGGAAGAGAGCCUGCCCUUGGAAGCUGCCCCAGGUACACAAAAGAAAAAGCGCUGUCAAUGCUGUAUUGUCAUGUGA